AUAUCGGUAACAGACACUCCUCGCCUGCCAGUGGAGCAGGUGCGGCAGAUCAGGUAGCAGGUGGAGGGCAAGGUGAUAUAUCGAUAAAGGACAUCCCCCGUCUGCCAGUGGAGCAGGUGCGGCAGAUUCGAGAGCAGGUGGAGGGCGAGAUAUCGGUGAAGGACAUUCCGCGCCUGCCGGUGGAGCAGGUGCGGCAGAUCCGCGAGCAGGUGGAGGGCGAGGUGAAGAUGCUCGGCGACUCCCUCGCCUCGCUGCGCACCGCCCUUGCCCGCAUUGAUGCCUCGCGCGUUGCAGUGGAAGCCAUGGCAAAACAGCAGGAAGGUCAGAGCAUGCUGGUGCCCUUAACCGGCUCCAUGUACAUCGCUGGCACCGUGGCCGAGCCCUCCCACGUGCUCAUUGACGUUGGUGCGGGCUACUAUAUCGAGAAGUCAGUGGAGGAGGCGAUGGGGUACUGCAUGCGCAAGGCGGAGCUGCUGCGAGCCAACCAUGACAAGUUCAGCGAGGUGGCACGCGCCAAGCGACAGCUACUGGAGGAGGUAACGAUGGUGCUGCAGGCGAAGGUGAGGGCAGCCGUGCAGCAGCAGGGCGGGGAAGCAGCAGGUGCUGUUGCAACGGGGGCAGCACAGGCAGGCAGGAUACAGGCAGCUGCCUCGUGA